AUGAAGCCUCUUUCGUUCUUCACCGUGCUUCUAGCCGCCUCGGAAGUCAAUGCCAAGGUGACUAAUGUUCCUAAGAAAGAUGUAAAGUGCAGUGGUAUCGGCCGUGCCUUUACUCCGUCGGAUGUUACAAACGCCGGAAACGGUGCACUUCAGCACAAAGAUAAGCCUAUUGGAGAACGGAAAUACCCCCAUGUUUACCACUUUGACCGCUCUGACUGCGGUAGCCCUCUCUGGGGAUUCCCGCUCAUUUGGACGAUCCCCUACAGUGGAGGAGAUCCUGGACUGGCUAGGGCUACGUUCACCUUUGUGGAGGAAGGAGAUGAGUUAGUGGCGAGAUACUGCGGUACUUACGCCCACAAAACGAGACCCGGCGACAAUGACUUUUAUCGGUGCGACUGA